CACGCACUAAACAGUGAGUGGGUGAGUGAGCAGGCUCGGAUGUGGUCAUCAUCCGUUAUUUUGGACCGAUCAGUGCAAGGCUGCGUUUGAGGACCAGGCCGGAGAAGUACAUUUAUUCCGUCCGGAGAGGAGUACACAUCGAUCCCUGCUGCACCGACAGCUUGACUCAGAUCGAUUGUCAGUGUCACCAUGAGCUCCUCAACCACAUCUGCCGCUCUGGUGUGCCUGCUGGCGGGGGCCGUGGCAGCCAUUCAGACCCCCCAGACAGUGUUCUUGGACAAGGAGCAGGCGAGCUCGGUGAUCUCCCGUCAGAAGAGGAACGUGGACCCGGGUCAGCCUUCCACCCUGGAGCAGGUUUGCAUGGAGAAAGUGUGCACAUACGAGCAGGCCAGAAGUGUCUUCCAGGACUCAUACCGCACGGAUAUCUUCUGGGCUGUCUACAUUGAUGGAGACCAGUGUGCAGAAAACCCCUGCAAGAAUGGAGCCAUGUGUUCGGACAGCGUGGGAGGCUACGACUGUGUUUGCAAGUCGGGUUUCACGGGGGUCCACUGUGAAACAGACCAGACUCUGUGCACCCUGGAGAAGAACAAGGGCUGCUCCCAAUUCUGUAAACCAGGUUACAUAUCCUAUGAGUGCUCCUGCGCCCGUGGAUGGAAGCUCAGCCAGACAGACAGGAAUAAGUGUGAGCCUGCAGUCACAUUCCCCUGUGGUAAAGUGAACAGUCUGAGCCGGUGGAAUGACAGACAGUCCACCAACACGCGCAGCAACUUUGAAGGACUUAGCUGUACUUCUUCAGAGUGUCCCUGGCAGGCUCUCCUGAAGAGUCCAGAGUCCGCAGGUUUCUGUAGCGGAGUCAUUCUGAAGGAGAACCUGGUCUUGACUUCAGCUCAGUGCGCCAACAAAUACAGCUCCUUUCAGGUGGCUGUUGGCAAGCGCAUCACCAACAAUGAAGACAGAGAGCAGACGCUGUAUGUGAAAAUAGUUCACGUCCACCCGCGCUAUGUGGAAGGUCGCCCUGAAAAUGACCUGGCUGUGAUUGAGCUCCGCGACCGCAUCAUUUUGAAGAAAGAAGUGGUUCCUGUCUGUCUGCCUGAAAAAGACUUUGCUGAUAACAUCCUGAUGAAUGGGGAGUACCCAGCGGUGGUCACCGGCUGGAGAGAACCCAAACAGGUAUCUUCUUUUGACGGCCCACUCACCCUUAACCACCUGGCAUACAACAAUCUGCCUCAGUGUCUGGAGACUCACCCCAACCUAAUGACCAACAAAAUGGGCUGCACCGCUCCACGGACCAAUGCCGACUGCACCAUGAGCUCCGGCAGCCCCCUGCUCACCCUGUACAGGGAUGUGUUCUUCCUCACUGGGGUGGUCAGCCAGCCACCAGGGUCCGACUGCAAUCAAGGCUAUAUCUUCCAGAAAGUGUCACGCUACCUUGGCUGGCUGCGGCCACUCAUGGGUUCACGUUAGGCGGGGUAGUCAGGGAGAACAUGGAGGUUAUUGGUUAUAGAAAAUAGGGAAACCCAGGUGAAUAAAUCCCAAAAACAGGGAAUAAGAUGAACAUGAACAUGUCUUUCCGUCUUUUAAUAGUACCAGUUUCCUAAUGAAAAAACGAUUUAACAUCCGUAUAGUUUCAAUGUAGGCGAUUGCUUCCCAUCUGUCUCUGUGGAGUUCCUCAUUUAUCCACAAGGUGGCUGUCUGUUAACAUAAAAAGAGGAGCACUUCCUGUCUGUAUAUACCAGUGAGAGGGUCAGAGACAGCAAGAGAUGCACUGAAUUAUUUAGCAUGUGUUAUGUGAUGUGGACAUACCUUUUAAUAACCUUUUAAGUUAUGUUAUUUUUAACAACUACUGUACUAGUUGACAUGCACCUUGUAACACUACAGGUAAUCACUGUUCUAUAAAUGUAAUAAACCCUAAUACCACA